CACCGGAGAAGUGGAACCAUGCCAACAGGGACUGUGCAGGGAGAAACCAGUCUCCCAUCAACAUUGUGACCAGGAAGACCUUGAAAGAUGAGCGCCUGACUCCUCUGCGCUUUGAGAAUUACCAGCAGAUUUUCAGAAGCUCCAUCAAAAACAACGGCCACUCCGUUCAGGUUGGAGUUCCUCACAUCAGCACCAUCACAGGUGGAGGCCUGCCCACCACGUACAAGGCUGUGCAGUUCAUGGCACCUCCUCUUUGCCCUCCAUCUCCUUGGCACAGCUGAUUCCAUCGGAGCAGAAUAUGACCUCUUAUUACCGUUACAAGGGUUCUCUCACCACCCCGGGGUGCACUGAGUCUGUGAUUUGGACUGUGUUUGAGAACCCCAUUCCUUUGAGCACUGAGCAGUUGAAAGCUUUCUCUACGAUCCAGUUUCACGAUGGAAAGCUUUGUGGAGUAAAACCAAACAAAAAGUCAUUACAAACCAGUGACAAUUCCUUUUAAAUGCUUUAUAUGACGUGCACGAACCUGCAUGUCCUGACGUUCCAGAUGUUUUAGUAAAAGCUACGUGGCUGCAGGAGCGAAGCGUCCCACACGGAGCAGAGCUCGCCCCGGUCAGAUCUCAGUGAGCUCAUCGUGUGAACACACAAACGUGUUCACGGCUCAGACAGCAGGCUCUCAGAUGCUCCGAAUGUUUUCGACUGUGAACUACAGCCCGCUGAGUCCACCCACACGUAUUUAGGAGAACCUUCAUGUAUUGUGGUCCAUGCAGUGUUACAGGAAUAUUUAAUGUGGAUGAUGAAGCAAAGAAUCUGUUCAUUUUAUAUAAGGACUCAUGGUUUCUUUUUACACUGUUAUUGUACACAUGUAUUUAUGUACUGAAUGUUUAUAUUGACAUGAGGCGCGCAGUUAUUAUUUAUGUAUUGCUAUAUUUAUACAGAAUGCAAAUCCGUAUGAAGCUUCAGACAGUUUAUGAGAAAUUUAGUAAACUUUUUAAGUUCAAGCAUAUGAAACUGUUGAGUUGUAAUGCUUCUAAAGUCUCAUAAAUCAUAUAGUGAAUUUUACUGUUGAAUAAUAAACUACAUGAAUUUUUAAUGCCAA